AUGCACAAAGAUCCAACUGACGAUUCAGAGGAAUCUGGAAGCCGUUCAGGAUCCAGAAGGAGCUCUGGCCCAUUUGCUAGAAGAGACAGCAUCAAGAAGGAAGUAGAAAAGAAGAUACAACCAGCGUCAGCGUCAUCUACGCCCAAAAAAGUCGCGAAAACCCAUAACUUGGAUUUCCUUGUGACAGGAAAGCAAUUGCUUAAAAGAAGCGACCGCGCCAACUCUCUCCCAGGCUCCUACCAUCGACGUCAAUCAGCAGACUACCUUCUCAAGUCCAAACGUAGCCUCGAUUCACCGCGGAGAAUCAAGUCCAGGGAGAAGACUCGUGACACAUCAUUGGAGAGCAAUAUGUCCUUGGACUUAAGUCAGAUGUCAGACAUCGAAAACCCAACACGAAAUCUAAAGGACAAAAUUCCAUUUGCAACGUCGACUCCAAAGAAGGUCUACCAAAAGGCCAACACCCUACCAAGUAUUCAGCAGCUAGGACGAAGUAAGGAGGAGAAUCUGGAGUCCAAAGAGAACUUGAUGUCCUGCAGUCGAGACAGCGUCAAGAAUUCCUCAUCGACCGGAACAUACAGACAAGGAGUGAGUACUGAGUUCGACUACUCAUCAAUGUCUCCGGAGUGCUCCGGUCCAUCGUCGGGGGACAGCAUCGCUGGCAUCGCCCAGGAUACAUUGAUCUCUCCUCGCAGUCAGGAUCUUCAGGAUUCGAGUGUCUGCAUCAGUAGAUGUGACUCAAGAGAGAUGGGCGAGUGGGGUCACUUCUGGGCUAACUAUAACAACUCCUUGGCUAGAGUUCCCAUUAGUCGCUACUACGACCAAUGCCCAACACCUUACCGUUCUGAAGACAUCGACUUGACUGAAUUGGAAUUUCCACCUGAAACUUCUAAAAUUCGUUCACCAGAAAAUAUAAAAAGUAUAAAUAACAUAAUAAGGAAUGAAGGUCUACGUUUGACGCCGCGCGAAACGCAAAAUAUAAUAAAAUGCGCUCACAUGUUAGGUAAUGUACUGACAAAGGCGAUCGAAAGGCAAUCCAAAGAAUACAAAACAGAAAAGAUUCAGGAAUUACAAGAAAAGGCUAACCCUGAAAAGGAAUUAAAAAAGAAAGCUAUGACCCUAAAUCUGAGAGAGACAGCGCUACCGAUAGAAGUGAAAGAGGAAACGAGAUGGGAGAGCGUACCGACCCAAACUGAUAUUUCGUUGCCAAACACGAAAAGCGCGCCAAUUAUCUUCGAGAAUAUUUUGAGGCAGCUCUCGAUGAGCUCGUUGGAAGUGCCCGGUGAAACUGAGAGAGAACAAAAUAAGGUCGAUGCGAAUAAUGGAGAUGGAAAUUAA